GUCACUUCCGGAACCUUUAGCAUGUUACACAGGAAGUAAUCCUGAAUCAUCCCGGCGACCAGUUUAGAUCUACUCAGACUACAAAAUCGCUUUAUUCAUUACAUGUUAAGAUCAUUUCAAAUUGUCAUAUUCCUCGUUCAAAAUGCUGAUCAAAGUGAAGACUCUGACUGGAAAAGAAAUCGAAAUCGACAUUGAGCCCACAGACAAGGUGGAGCGAAUUAAAGAAAGGGUGGAAGAAAAAGAAGGCAUACCCCCUCAACAACAAAGACUCAUCUACAGUGGGAAACAGAUGAACGAUGAAAAGACGGCAGCAGACUACAAAAUCCAGGGAGGUUCGGUGCUCCAUCUGGUGUUGGCGCUAAGAGGGGGGGAAGCCUUUCACACGCCCGAUGUACUACCCACCUCAACAUGAAUGGCGCUUAACGCAAUGCCAGCUGUGUGCCAAUGCUCGAGGUGUCCCAACAUCAUUAAACUAUGUUACCAUAACAAGCAAAUCCCCCCUCCCACAUGCAAAAGCAAA